AUGUUGGACAGCUGACCAUAUCCACGAUGUACGUGAUGACUUCACUUGUUUGUGCCGCCAUAUGCAUGUUCCUGACGUAUAUUAACGCUGCGACAUUUGACCCUUCACUUCGUGUCAUCAGCUGUACGCGGAGUAAUCUCGUCGUCAAGGUAACUGGAGCAGCAGACGAUGGACUCAUUUUCAUUAAAGGUCAAGGAGAAAACUGUAAACAGACGACAUCUAGCGGAGAAGAGUUUUACGAAUUCGAUUUUGCUUCCUGUAAUAUCGAAUGGGAAAUGACGUUCCGGAUAAUAGUCCAGAAGCUUCGAUCAUUCCAGACCGGCUCAGACAAACAGAUUCCAGUCAUGUGUAUAGCAGACACGAAUGAAGUGGUUGUCAGUAGCUUCCUUGGCGCUGCAGACAAAGACGAUGACGCUGGCCUCAACAGGACCACCAAACCGAUAGCCUCCUUAUCCUUCUUCAAAGUGAUCACGGGGGAGGAAGUCAUAGGGUCAGAGGUCAAACUGACUGAUCGCCUGAUCAUGUCGCUACAGAUGGAGCAGGAAUUUAUCAAUGACUUUGACAUGAAGGCCAGGUAUUGCCAGACGUCCGACAUUGUCAUCAUCGAGGACUUCUGCUCUGUAGAACCAGAACUAUUCGGAAACUUCUGGAAGGUAAAACAGGGGAACCUAAUGAAUGAGUUCAGUGCCUUCCGAACGACUGCCCUUGACGGUGGGUCCGUCAUGAUGAACUUUACCUGUAUUCUCCAACUCUGUCAGGGGCCGUGCGUUCCGGAAAAGUGUGACGACAGUUACACAGGUUGGGGCCGGAAGCGUCGUGAUGCGAAUCGGGAAAUAACUGGAGAUGAACGAUUUCGACGACAGACAGGAAAUGACGACACAAUUGACGUUGGCGGAUCUAUCAAUGUAGUGGAAAAUUACUCUACUAUCAAAAUUCUGACGAAUGAAGAGUUUUGCUGUGACAAGUUGGCACUGUGUUUACUGAUCAUAUGUUUAUGUUCCGGUAUCGUAGCGCCAUCUAUUGGAUGUUUCACACUGUAUCGGAAGUUGGUGCGUUGUCAAGACAUGCUCCAGGAAGCCACCUACUUCAGCAAGCCGACGUCACAGAAGUUGUCGGCCGCCGCUAUUCUCCAUUAAACGUGGUGUCUACUGCUUAUAUCAUGUAUACACCGAUAACUGCUAUGUUCACACGCACGCGCACACAGAGUGUGAAUGCAAAAAUUAAUCAAGCACGAUGAUACGUGCAAAAUCUAACUCGAAAAUAUAUAGUGUCAAGGAUAAAUGUUCAACAGUGUAGAUUCCUUGCAAGUAUUGUAAGAUGUACUGAAAUAAACAAUAUUC